CUUUGGUUACUAACACUAGCGCAAUGGCUUCUUUGCAGUGGCUUGUGGGCCUCGCUUUGUUGGGUUGUUUGUGUAAUGGCCAGGUUUCCCAGCAGGGCAGUUUUCCCCAGCUGUCAAGUCAGGAGUCUUUGCUACAGACAGCCCACCGAGCUGCCCAGGGACAGUCCUCUCUGUUGGCAAGUGGGGUUCCUCAAAGGUACCCUUUUCCCCAGCAACCCCAAGGAGUGUCUUCUCCUCAGUUCUCUUCAAUGAGGCCAGUGCAGUUGGAUCCCCUGGUACAGAAUUCUAACCUUGUUGAGCCAGUGUUUGAGUUGCCUUACAGCCAGCCUUCUGUCCAGGUUGAAUCAGUAAGGCCAGUGUUGCCAGCUCACUACAGGCAGGCUUCUGCAGUUCUCCCGGUUCACGGAGGGCAGUCCUCGGCACCAGCUUCCCUGGUGCAACCAGCAGCCCAGGUUCCACUUUCUGUGAAAUCCCAGUUUCUGGCUCAACCUUCUGCAGUGAAGGUUGAAUGCAGGGAAGACUCGGUUUUGGUGGAGGUACAGCAGGACAUGCUGAGUAAUGGCCAGAUGAUCCAGCCAUCAGAAAUUACCCUUGGAGGCUGUGUGCCAGUUGGACAGGAUCCUUCCAGAGGGGUUCUGCUGUUCGUGUCAGAGCUACAUGGCUGUGGAAGUACGCUGACGGUGACUGAUUCCCUGAUCUACACUUUCACGUUGGUGUAUGUGCCCGAAGGACUCGGUUCCACCCCUAUUGUGCGGUCUCAUGGUGCAGUGAUUAAUGUUGAGUGCCAUUACUUGAGGAGGCUCAAUGUGAGCAGCAAUGCUGUGAUGCCAACAUGGGUACCCUACUCUGCCGCUAUGUCUGCUGAGGAGCGUUUGAUGUUUUCACUCCAGCUCAUGACUGAUAACUGGGAACUUGAGAGGGCUUCAAACAUCUACUUUCUGGGAGAUGUCCUGAACAUCGAGGCUUCUGUAGUUGUGGCCAACCAUCAGCCUCUGCGGGUGUUUGUGGAUAGCUGUGUGGCCACCUUGGAACCUGAUGUGACGUCUGUCCCUAGAUAUGCCUUUGUGGGGAAUUAUGGGUGCCUGACUGAUGCCAAGGUGACUGGAUCCCGCUCCCAGUUCCUCCCCAGGAAGCAGAUCAACAAGCUCCAAAUGCAACUGGAUGCCUUCAGGUUCUCGCAGGAGACCAGGAGCUCUAUCUACAUCACGUGCGUUCUGAAAGCAACCAUGGCUUCCAAAAGGGCCGACCCCCAGCACAAGGCUUGCUCGUAUUCCGUGUCCGCAAAUAGGUGGGGAUCUGCAGAUGGUGAUGACCAAGUAUGUGGCUGUUGUGACUCAUCCUGUAAUGUGAAGGGAAGAAAUGUAGCAGACUUCAAAGGAGAAGCUGUUGCUGGACCCAUCGUUAUUCGGGAUCACUAUUAGCCAUGCCAUGAGGAUGGCUGCUUUUGAGGGGAAACUGCACCAUGAUGCUGCUUGUACACUGCAGAGCUGUUGCAACAUCUCAAAGGAUCUGUCUUCACUGCCUGAACUCAAGGCUCAUGCAGUUCUGUGAAGUUGACUUUGCCUCUUUGUGCUGAUGGCAAAACUGAAUUCAGAAUAAAUCUUAACAAAAA